AUGUCAACGGUCAGGGAGCAGCUGAUUAAGAACCUGGUUGUGGAAGAUAAAACCUCCAAUCAGAAGAUCACCGUGGUUGGGGUUGGUGCGGUAGGCAUGGCUUGUGCAAUCUGUAUCUUAUUGAAGGAUAUGGCUGAUGAACUCGCCCUUGUUGACAUCGCAGAGGACAAGUUGAAGGGAGAACUGAUGGAUCUUCAGCAUGGCAGUCUUUUCUUUGCUACUUCAAAGAUUGUUGGUGGAAAAGCAGGUGUACGGCAAAAGGAAGGAGAAAGUCGUCUUUCCCUGGUUCAACGUAAUGUGGACAUCAUGAAAUCAGUUAUUCCUUCCCUGGUCAAGUAUAGUCCUGACUGUAAGAUACUUGUUGUCUCAAAUCCAGUGGAUAUUUUGACAUAUGUGGUCUGGAAGCUAAGUGGCUUACCUGCCACUCGUAUAAUUGGAAGUGGUUGUAAUCUAGACUCUGCCCGUUUCCGUUACCUGAUUGGAGAUAAGUUGGGUGUCCAUCCCACUAGCUGCCACGGUUGGAUUAUUGGAGAACAUGGUGAUUCUAGUGUGCCCUUAUGGAGUGGGGUGAAUGUUGCUGGUGUUCCUCUGAAGACUCUUAACCCUAACUUAGGAACUGAUUCAGACAAGGACAAAUGGAAAAAUAUCCAUAAACAAGUUGUUGAGAGUGCCUAUGAGAUUAUUAAGCUGAAGGGGUACACCUCUUGGGCUAUCGGCCUAUCUGUGACAAAUCUGGUAGAAUCAAUUUUGAAAAAUCUUAGGAGAGUGCAUCCAGUUUCGACUAUGGUUAAGGGCUUAUAUGGAAUAAAAGAAGAAGUCUUUCUCAGUGUCCCUUGUAUCUUGGGGCAAAGUGGUAUCUCAGAUAUUGUGAAAAUUAACUUGACUUCUGAGGAGGAGGCGCUUUUAAAGAAGAGUGCAGACACACUUUGGAAUAUUCAAAAAGACCUGUCAUUUUAA